GUUAUCUUGGAAUACAAACCAAGAAGAUUUCGUUGUGGGUGAUAUGGUGGAUGAUGAGGUGCCUGCGAUUGUUGAUGAUCUAGAAGAAGAAGAAGAAGAAAAUUUAGAAAAAGAAGAAGAAGAAGAAGAAGAAAAUUUAGAAAAAGAAGAAGAAGAAGAAGACGGAAAGGAAAAAGAAAAAGAAGAAGAAGAAGGAAAAGAAGAAGAAGGAAAGGAAAAUUCAUUAAGUAAUACUACUACUGAUCAACCUUCAAGUGAAAAUACAAGUAUAAGUACAAGUGAAAAUAUAAAUGAAAGUACAAAUACAGAUACAAAUACAAAUAGAAAUAGAAAUGAAGAAAUGAAUGAAGGAAUUAUAAAUGCACUUUCAAUCUUUUCAAAAGCUUUAAGAUCUUUUUGAAAACAAACUGAUCACCAAGAUGGGUUUUUUGGUAAUUUUCUUUUUAUACAGUUGAUUCUUUUUUGCAUCUUGGUUUUGAAUGAUUUACUUUUAAAAACUUGGUUCAUGAUUAUAUUAUAAGAAACCAGAUUUUUUGUUUUUGUUUUCUUUUGAUGUUUGAUAUUUGACUUUCGAAAAAGUGAUUGUAUGUAUACUAUGUACAACAUACAUAUUCAAUGUUUGAAGUUUUUUGAUUCUUGCAUGAUUUGAAAUCAGAUUUGAAUAAUGCAAUUUUGUUCAAUUUG